AUGUCGACCACCACACCGCAAGUAAACGACCAAGGCAAUGUGGUUAUGGGGCAGGAACUCCUGAAGAAUGAGGAGCACCUUUCGGGGAAAUCUGACUUCGAGGCUGCGAUACAACAAGAAUAUGAUCACCUUUCAAAAGUCCACCCAACGUCGAAUGACAUCCCGAGUUUUCUUAAACUGACUCUGGAUGCAGGUAUAAAAAGCCAAGUGAAAUCCCUCUAUAGACAUGGAGCUAUGGCGGAAUGCAAUCAAAAACUUGAAGACUGGAAGUUUUGCCUAUCUCUGAAGAUGCUAUCACCGGAGGAGAAAAGGAAGGCGUGGUUGCAACAUAGGGCACAAUGGUGGGCAGAAAGAAGGGUCAACGGAAGUAGUGAAGAUGUAUGGGAUAUCAGAACGUGA